UGGUGCUGGGAAAACUGGAGAUCCACAGACAGGCAUGCCCCGGACCCUGAGCGCCUCCGACAUGGUCACCCCUGGCAGCCUUGGCCCACCCCCCACCGAGCUCACAGAUGGCGAGCAGACCGGCCAGCCCCUCCUGGAUGGGGCUCCCUCGUCAGCCUCCCUAGACACCCUGAUCCAGCACCUGGUGCCCACGACCGACUACUACCCCGAGAAAGCCUACAUCUUCACCUUCCUUCUAAGCUCCCGCCUCUUCAUCGAGCCCCGGGAGCUCCUGGCCCGGGUCUGCCACCUGUGUAUUGAGCAGCAGCAGCUGGACCAGCCAGUGCUGGACAAGGCCCGGGUCCGGAAGUUCGGCCCCAAACUGCUCCAGCUGUUGGCCGAAUGGACGGAGACGUUCCCGCGGGACUUCCAGGAGGAGUCGACCAUCGGGCACCUGAAGGACGUGAUGGGCCGCAUUGCCCCCUGUGACGAGGCAUACCGAAAGAGGAUGCAGCAGCUCCUACAGGCUCUGCACCAGAAGCUGGCUGCCCAGGGCCAGGGCCCAGAAGGCCUGCUGGGUGCCGACAAGCCCAUCUCCUACAGGACCAAGCCACCCGCCUCCAUCCACCGGGAACUCCUCGGCGUCUGCAGUGACCCCUACACUCUGGCCCAACAGCUCACCCAUGUGGAGUUGGAACGGCUACGGCACAUCGGGCCUGAGGAGUUUAUCCAGGCUUUUGUGAACAAGGACCCUUUGGCCAGCACAAAGCCUUGUUUCAGUGACAAGACCAACAAUCUGGAGGCUUACGUGAAAUGGUUCAACAGACUGUGCUACCUCGUGGCGACUGAGAUCUGCAUGCCAGCCAAGAAGAAGCAGAGGGCCCAGGUGGUGGAGUUCUUCAUCGAUGUGGCCCGUGAGUGCUUCAACAUUGGCAACUUCAACUCUCUGAUGGCCAUCAUCUCCGGCAUGAACAUGAGCCCCGUCUCCAGGCUGAAGAAGACCUGGGCCAAAGUGAAGACGGCCAAGUUCUUCAUCCUCGAGCACCAGAUGGACCCAACUGGGAAUUUCUGCAACUACAGGACAGCCCUGCGGGGGGCAGCCCACCGCUCCCUGACUGCCCACAGCAGCCGGGAAAAGAUCGUCAUUCCCUUCUUCAGCCUGCUCAUCAAAGACAUCUACUUCCUGAACGAGGGCUGCGCCAACCGCCUCCCCAAUGGACACGUCAACUUUGAGAAAUUUCUGGAGCUGGCCAAGCAGGUUGGAGAGUUCAUCACAUGGAAACAAGUGGAGUGUCCUUUUGAGCAAGACCCCAGCAUCACCCACUACCUGCAUACCGCUCCCAUCUUCAGCGAGGAUGGUCUUUAUUUGGCCUCUUAUGAAAGUGAGAGCCCAGAGAACCAAACAGAAAAAGAGAGGUGGAAAUCUCUAAGGUCUUCUAUUUUGGGGAAAACGUGAGAAGCAGGAGGAGGAGGAAGAG